GACAUGACGCUGUCAUUAUCAAUGUUAAGAUGAGUAAGUCUCGAAAUAAUUUCGGCAUUCUGAAAAGAGAUGUUUAAUAGUUAAUGCACGCAAAUUCAUUCUUAAAACGCCAGUCACUCUCUCUCUCUAACCAUGAUUUAGAAAUGACUCAAGUUCCAAAUUUCUCGAGGAUAAAUAAUAAAAUUCUACAAUAUCAAUGAAAAGCAUAUUUAAAUUCAAUGUCUCACGUUUAUUCUCACGAGUUAUGGCUUAUCACGAGAAGCGACUUAGAAAAACUGUUAGAACUCGAAAGAGGAUUGCAAAAAAAGGCACCAAAAAACAAUGCUGCUUUACAUUCAGCGUUAUCUAUAUAUUUGAGAUAUCGUAAUAUCGUAAGAAAACUCCUCAUUUGUUAUGAUCAAAUGGUCCAGACACAGAAACGGGAAUUAAUUAAGAAGAUGUUAGAUUGUGCCAUCGGGCGUAUGCUAGAAUAUAAAAAGGAAAUUGUGACACUGGAUGGUACAGCUUAUCAAUGGCCUGACGAUAUUUUGAAUCAAAUGAAAUUCACGCCAGACGACAUCGAGCUAUUUGCAUCAGUGUCUGGUCGAGAACGUAUAGAGGAACGCAGAAAGUUUAUUGAAGAGUUGAUAGAGAGUGCUCACAAAGUACCACAGCCGACAGAACUCCGGCUCUCUGUUAUACAGAUUGAGCCCGAAGUGGAAGAUGAGACGUUGAAGAAACGCGCUCGACGAAAAGUGCGCAUCGCACCACCAACGCAAGUAGAGUUAAUCGAAUCGCCAUUGGAAAAAGCCGCCCGAGAAGCGAAACUUGCUGCUGAAGAAACUAUGCGUAACGCAAUAUUAUUGAUACAGAGUCAUGAGAGAGCCAGAAAGGGACGCGUCUACGGUGUAGAUGUGAAACGUAUAUUCGAUUACAACAGAAAAUUAAGAUUCGGAGAAAUAAUACCGAAAGAAAUAGAUUACGCUACAUACAUCAAAUCAGCAGUAACGAUACAACGUGCAUGGCGGCGUCAUGUCGCUAGAAAAGCUACGAAAAAACGAAUUGCACGUCUCGAAGAAGCUUUGGGUAUGACAAUACCAAGCUGGCAAUGCAACAAGACAAUCGCAGAGGACGAUGACAACUUUCAGCGACAACGUGCUCUGAUACCCGUGUUCGAUGUACGCAUGAAGAAGGCAAUGAGUGACGAACGUACAAAGCUCCUGAAAAUCAGAGGUCCGGGAUUAAUGGAGGAUAUCACUGACGAAAUUCAUGAAUGGUUCGUCAUUUGGUACAACGCAUUAGGAUUUUACGAUGUGUUUCCAGCUGCGAAUUUGGGUGGUAGUGUAUUGAUUAUAACUGGACAGACCUUGACGCCAGAGGAAUAUUUAAUAGAAAAAUUAAAAAAGGAGAAAAAAGCCAAGGAAAAAGAGAGAUCUCCCAAACCUGAAGUUAUCAAGGCCGAAGUUGUUCAUUGGAAAAUGCCGCAAACAAAGAAUUUGUCCUGCUUAGAGGAAGCAAACAACGAGUUCAUUCGAAAUUGGAGCUUUCGUGACGAAACAUAUUUGGAACAAGAAUAUUUGGAUUUAAUCACUGAGAAACUUUGUUAUGAGUUGCAGCUUGAAAUGAGGGAGAUAGUAGAUGAAUUGAUGAGGGCCGAACUGGAAUUACUAAAUAUGGCAUUGUUGAAGGAUCUUGGAAAAGAUAAACCCAAGAAGGCUAAAAAAAGGAUCAGAAUUAAAAAGAAGAAAGACAUUUUGGAGGAUGUGGCCAUCGAGGAUCUCUUUAGCGAGCUUCUACAAGCUGAAAUCAUUAGGAAUUACCAAACUAUUUUUUUACGCGAUUGGUUUGGUGAUCUAUCCUAUCAAAAUUACGAGGCACGUCGCGAGCUCCGGGAUCACAAGCAUCGACUCGGAGAAGUAAAGCAGCUCGUCUUAGAGUAUUGCAUAUUGCCUUUAAUUUCCAAGGAGACACAUCAACUUGCACCGCUCGUGCGUUCUGUGUGCAUCUAUGGAUUACCAGGAACCGGAAAGACCUCGCUUGCGAAUGCCAUCUGCUCAGAGAUCGGCGCAUUACUUUUCGACGUAUCAGCAUCUGUUUUAGCUAAUAAAUAUAUAGGCGAGGAAAAGAGACUCAUCAAUAUAAUUUCUAAAGUGGCUCGUUUUUAUGCACCUUCCAUCAUAUUUCUCGAUGCUGGCGAAAAACCAUGGCUGAAAAAAGUUCCACCAGAGGAAAAGUAUCUUCAACCCAAACGAUUCACCAAAUAUUUUAAUAAACUAAUGAAAGACAUUAAAAAAGGCGACCAGAUAUUAUUUCUCUCGCUGUCUGCAGAACCUCAUAAGGCGACAGCCGCUUUCAUCAGGUUCUACAAUAAAUUUAUAAGGGUACCCACUACCGAUUAUAACACACUUUAUAUGUUCUAUAAGAAUCUAUUAAUGAAAUAUCACGGCGUUGAUCGCAAUAUCGAUGUCUCCUGUUUGGCCAAAAUGUCUCUUGGGGUCCCUCUGGAUUUUAUCCGGAAAGCCGUAGAGAAGGUGCUGUCGCUACAUCGAAGACUUACUCUUAAAUCCAAUCCAUUAAAUCCGAUGGAAAUUAUGAAUGAGAUAUUAAUGUAUCAACAUCCUACGAAGAAGAUGGUGGAGAAUUUUGAUAAAUUUGAAAAAAGAAUCCUUGGCGGAAAAAGAUAGUUUCAUAAAAAGAAAAUUCGC